AUGAGAUCAAGGCCGAAUGGAGAACGAAGUGCUGAAGGUGUGGGUGCCCAAGGCCGAGGUCAAGAAGCCCGACGUAAAGGCCAUCGAGAUCUCUGUUUAAUUGAAAUUUGA